AUGCAGCGGCUAGGUACGACUGGCUUGACGCGCUACGGCCGUGAUGGCGGCGGGGCUGGCGGAGGGCUUUACCGAGGAGGCGGGGAAGGUCCAAGUUACAGUGAGGAGGCCCCGGUGGUAACCGACGCACCGAAUCAGAACCAAAAGUCGACAUCGACGAUGGACGGGUGGCGCGGUGGGAUUGCCUCUCAGGCCUCUAUCUUGUCUCUUCAAGCAGCAGCAGGACUUAGCCCGUUAGCUCGGUAGGGGAAGUGCCAAACUGAAUUUUGGCCCCUGGCGCAGUGUAUAAGCAACACAGUUUAGCCUGCAUGAUCAGUGGCUAGCGUGGGCGGGGCAGGGGUGCGAUGGAGUACCACUCUGGUGGCAGCCCGCCCCUGCUGGGGAGACCACGCUACUGCCCCGGGUCCAACGCUAACGGAGGCUACCUGUGUGAGACGGGUCACUGCUGCGGCGAGACGGGCUGCUGCACGUACUACUACCAGCUGUGGUGGUUCUGGUUGCUGUGGACCGCCCUCAUUGUGUUCAGCUGCUGCUGCACCUACCGCCAUCGGCGUGCCAAACAGCAAGUGCAGCAACAACAACGUCAACAAGAGAUCAGUCUUGUGGCCUAUCGGGGUGCUGCCUCCUACCCUUCUUCUGUGCUGGACCUCAGUUUCCUGGCAUCCUUGAAGCUGCCGUCAUACGAAGAAGUGGCCGCUCAACCCUGCACCCCCCCUCCCCCCUACAGCUCUGUCUUCACGGCGCCGCGUUACCCGCAGCCCCGCCGCAUAGCCGACCCCCACCUGCUUAUGCAGCACCGCCCCCUUAGCGACGGCCCCUCCUCCCUCAGCUCAGACGACAGCUCCAGCUGCUCCUGUGACUCCUGCUGCCCCUCUUCCCCGUGUAGCUCCUCCCUCUCCGCCCCUGUGACCUACGAGACAGACACCAGUCACGCCUCCACACCCAGUGAGCAAGCGGGCCUCUCUCUUAGCAUCGUAGCACAGGAAGCCUGUGCCUCCUUGCAGGCUCCUUCCUCUCCUGGCCUCAAUGCUACAUCUCCCGUGAUGCAACACGGCCUCCCCGCCCUCAUUCUCGGUGCCACUUCGCCAGUACCUGAAUCUCCCCAAGCAACAGUCCUUGAAAAUCUGGAGCCGGCCGGCAGUCCCACAAGCACGCCUCUUGAAGAUCCAGAUGCGAGAGAUGCAGCUGGCCCCGCCCCUUCCGUCUUACCCCCUGACAUUACCAUCGAACCGGUGGCGGCUAUCCCCCUCUCUCAGCCAGACCCGCCCACACGCGCCUCAGCUUCCUGGUUGUUCCCGCCAAAACAGACGCUCUUCUCACCGUGCGUGGACGUCUUUGAGGCCAAAGAGGAGGCGGAUUAUGAGGACGAAGACGACAUGGAUGCAGACGAGAGCCAGUACCGACAUCGGCGGCUGACCGGCGACUCGGGGAUCGAAGUGUGCCGCUGCCAGGUAGAAGACGACCAGGGCCGUGAGGAAGAGGCAGAGGCAGAGAAGAAAUCUGGCCUCCAUGACAGCGCCGACUGCCCCGCCAGAGGUGUGGCUACACGUAGCGAUUCCCCCGAGGAUGUCAGCGAGGUGGUUGUUGUCAUGGAGACGGCAUAAUAUGAUUGACUGGUAACUGAGAUGUCCUUGAUGAACGCCAGCCUACUUCUCAUGGCAGGCCCCGCCCCUGCAGCAAUGUCCCACCUUUCUUCUUUAGCUGGUUGGGAUUGCUACUUUAGUCUGUAGACUAAAAUUUCUCAUUUUUUAAUUUUUUACAAUUCACAAAAAACACUUUCUCCGUCAGAACUAAAAAACCAAACGUCAAGCUAAUGCUAAUCCAACCGCUUGCUAGCCCACUGCUGUCUAUCCACAGCAUAAGGAAUGUUUCUGCUGGACAUUAUCGUGCCGUUAUUAACUGAUGAAACUUUGAAGUAAAUCUUUGUUUUCAAUUUUUGGCUCUUUAGUCAGACGCUGUUGAGUGCUUGUUUUUGAUUAGCGCUUCAGUUUAUGAAAGCUGAUAACCCUUUAUUGUGUCAAAAUAAGGCAGGGAAGACCUUACGAAGCCGAUUGAUGUCUGUCUACCUGUGCUCAAAAUGAAGUUCUACUCAAUAAAGUGAUCAGAUGUAAAA